GUGCCACUGUAUAUUUAAAUUAGCUUUGGAGGGACCACUGUUUAUUUAAAUGAACUUCAAGGGUACCACUGUAUAUCUUAAUAAUCUUCACGCAAAGGCGCCACUGUAUAUGUAAAUAAAUGCAGCAUUUAACUUCCCGUGUGCCGCUUCCUCUCCCACCUGUGUCAAACUAACAGGAAAAUAAUAUCCCUCCCCGCUGACGAACACAAGGCCGGUCAGCACUUUAUAAAAUUCACAUAAUUCAUCAUCUGCAUGUUGAUAAACAUCAUCAAUCAUUCUCUCAUUUCUCUCGUUGCCGCAGUGUGAAGGAAGUUUACGGCCAACUGCACGAUACGGUGGCAGCCAUCGACGAGCACGAGGACCUCCGUUGGUGGAAGAACACGCAUGGGCCAGGCAUGCCCACUGAUUGGCCGCACUUUCAGGAAUGGACACCUGAGAAAAAAAAUAAAAAAGGGAAAGAGGUGGUUGGAGAGAAAGCAACAUUAGAGAAGAGCGCAAUGAUUGUUGGUGUGAAAGUGAGAGCGUUGUACGACUACGUCGGCCAGGAGACGGAUGAACUCUCCUUCAAAGCUGGCGAAGAGUUCAUGAAGACUGAGGAAGAGGAUGACCAGGGCUGGUGUAGAGGAGUGAAGGACGGUGGCCUGGAGGGACUUUAUCCCGCUAAUUACGUGGAGGUGGUUUAGUGGAAAAAGAAAAAAUAUUUUUUAAUCGAGUUGAUACAUUUCUCCUGUGGAUGUUUGCUUUCUAAGACAAAAAACAAAAAAAAUCAACAACAACAACAAUGCUGUACAUAAAAAUUGUAGCCCUUAGCCAAAGAUCUGUGGACAUUUUAACAUGCAGAGACAUUAAGAUUAUUUUUAAGGUGACCAUUUAUACUCUGAGGCUAUGCUGUGUUUGUUUAGUUCACCAUAGCUACCACAAACAUUUCCUCAUUGUUUUGUUAGGAAGUUCUGUUUCGAAGUCCUAUUCCGAAGUUACAUUUUGAUGCACGUUCCAAGUGCAAGUUAUGUAGUUACAUCACAAAGUUUUAUUGCAAAGGUUACGAAGGUACGUUAUGAAAUAAUUUUGUGACGGUACAUUACAAAUUCAUGUUUUGAAUGUACGCUUCAAAUGUACGUCAGCGAAUUUACAUUGCAAAUGUACGUUAGGAAAGGUAAGUUAUGAACUUAGUUUCUGAAUGGGAGUUAAAAUCAGAUGUUACGAAAAUACUUUACAGGGGUACUUUGCAAUUGUGUGAUUGUUUGUCAAUCACAUUCUUUGUGGCUAUGCUGUUUUGUAUAACAUGAGUCGUCAGGCGUGACGGAGAAUAUUCGAAAUUGUACAUUUCUACAUCAUGUCAAGCGCAUUAGCGAUGCUAAAGAAACGCGUGCUAAAUGCCAAACUGUCAGUAUUUAUUGUGUUAAAGUGUGGUGCUAAAAAUCUUAUUUUAUUACACUUCCUUGUUUGAAAGAAGCUAUGUUUAGCAAGAAAUACCACUUUUGGCAAACGUGUUCCUUUGAAUAUAUACCUAUAAAUCUUCACUGUAAGUGUAUAAAUAUAAGAAGCAUUCCACUUUGGUCUUAUCCACUAUAUGUGUGUGAAACACUCUUGUACCCCAAAUCUUUUUGUUUUUUUAGGAAAUAAACUUUUGGAACUUU